UUUAGAAGAAAAUUAUAGUAAAUAGCCAGCAAAUAAAAUAGUGUAUUUAAUUUUAUGAAGCUUAGCAUUAUUUUACUUUUUGUCUUUGCAAUUCUUUUGAACUUUUCAUCAUGCUAGGGUAAUGGUCAAAACAACAAUAACAAUCAAAACUAAACAUAACAUGCAGGAAAUAAUUAGUAGUAGCCACCACCACCAAUGCCAUAUUAGCCUUCCUUGAAGCCAAAUCCCAAUUAUCCAGGUAGAGAUCGUUGUGAUUAAAAAUCAUGUUAAAGCUGCUAUUACUAAAUAUGUAUUAAAUGCAAUGAGGAUUAUUACUUGACAGAUGAUUAUUACUGUAAUUCAAGAGAUGAUUUCGAAGAUAGAGGAGAUGGAUAUUCUUAAGCAGUUGGUAUUAUAAAUAUUAUUUUUUUAAUAGUAGUUCAUCAUGGAUGGACAAUCAUCUCAAGAAAAAAUUUAAAUAAGUAUUUGUAAUCUUAACAAAAUUAAGAGCCUCAACUAAAUUAGCAAGCACUUUAAAUGCUCUAGCAACAAAACAACAUUUAAAAUAAUAAUGGUUAAAACUCUCCUUAGCUAUUAAAAAUAGGAGCUCCUAGCGAAUUUGAUACUGUCAGUAAAAAGAGUGCAUUUGAACCAAAUAUUUAUGAUGAAAAAAACAAUAUAUUUGGAUACAACUAAAAUUAGGCUAGCAAAAUACCCAAUUUUGAUAUUGAUAACAACAAUAAUAAUGGAGCCCAUUCUAAUAUUGUUAGUGGAUAUCCCAUAUCUUAGAAUUAAGGCUAAUUCUAAACAAAUUUUGUUCCUCAAUUCUAACCAUAAUAAUAAAUUUAAUAGUAAUAAAGUCUUUAAUAACCUCAAGGAUAGUAGAAAUAAGAUACCUAAUAAAUUAUUGUAACCUCUGAUUUAAAUGGUUAUUGGCUAACUUAAGCAGGAAAGUUUUCAUUUCCACUAUUUAGCAAUUUCCACAGAAUUAAGCAUGUUACAAUUAACUUGAUUAUAUUGCAAAGGACUAUGUCUUCUAUGAUUUACUGGGCAGGAAGUAGAGGUGAUGAUGAUGAUACUGAUGAGAGAAAAGAACUCUUGUUUUUGGCGUUUUUAGGUUGUAUGAUUAUGUAUUGGUUAUUUACUUUCAUACCAGCAUUAGUUUUAAAGAUUUUUUCAUUUUGCUUUUGCUUAAAACAAGAUCCAAAUGGAAUGUGCAGUGCACGCUUUAUAGCAAUCAUUUUUUAUGGUACUUCUUUUCUAAUGACUGUAGUAACUACAAGUGUUUUAUUCAUGAUGACAGGAUUUGAAGCCUAGGUUUGGAUUCUUCUCUGUUUAGCUGCUUGGCUUAUAAUAGUCUUUUUUGACAAAAAAUCUGUAGAAUAUGCUAAAAAAAACAGAGGAGGAUUUUUGGAAGGUAUUAUUAAAUUUAGAAAAAUAGAUUUCUCCAUACCUCAAUCUCCAUAGCAAAUCUAAUAAAAUGCAAAUCAAAUAUAAAAUUGA